AUGACUGACGCUACUUUCCACACCACCAUUCAGGACCUUCGCAGGGCCGAGUCCAAGCUUUCCUUGUUGCAUGGUGGCAACCCCCCAGCGGACUCAAAUGUCUCUAGAAUGAAGUCUAUCAUCGACCAAAACACCAACAAGCCUGCACAUAUUGACAAGAUCAAGGCCAACCUGCCUCUACCUGAUCAACCUCCAGUCGCCAGCGACUGGAAUUCCCUCGACCAGCGUAUUACUGGCAUAGGAUCUGGACGUAUCGAGUUCCCUCCUGACAACAGUGGCCUGCGUGGAGCCCCGGCCGCCGGCAGUAGUGCUGAAGAACUUGGACUCUAG